AUUCUGAGUUUGUGUCCUUUCUCAGUUCUUCAGUUCCUACGUUUGUAAAUAAUGUGACAGUCUGAAAGGGACACGUCUGGGUUUGUUCUUCACGACGGAAAGGUCCAGGCUUGUCCCCUCUGUGUAUUUGAGACACACGUCCUGUACUCACUCCUGCCGCUAGGGGGCAUCGCUGACAGUUGACCCACUUUUAAGUUGCGUCGUUGUCUUUCCAAGCAGCCAAUCACAGCGCUCCUUCCCGGAAACAGCUGAUGUAUAUUUUGGGCCGUUUGAGGAGAAAAUGAGGCGGUUAUUUCUUCUCCAGGAAUAAUUUGAAAGUGAAUUUUUACGAUCAAUUAUUGUAGGACAGUCUCCACAUGCAAGAUACCUUAGUAUUUUAAUAUCAUGGAUCAGAUCACUUUUCAUCAUGACACUGUGCUGUCAGACGUCCACAUGCUGGUGCCCAACGCACGCCAUCUCAUGACACGCCUCAACCGUGUUGGACAGCCAGUCUUCAUCUCCAAGUUCAGGAUCCUGUCAGGUAGUGAACGGCUGAACAGCAAUGAGCCGGAGAAAGGUUUGCAGGAGGCCUCUGGAGGUGGUGACACACAGCGGGAAGGUGGAGGGGAUGGCGGGGCAGGAAACGUGGAGCCACUGUUGGACGAGGACGGAGACAUUGACAUCACACAUAGACCGAGGAAAAUCCCUGAAAGCAGCGACCGAGACCCCGUCUAUCCCAUCAUUCUCCAACAGUCCAGCUCUGUCCUGGAGGCAGAACGGCAGAGUGAUGACGAUGAUAAGUGUUUGAAUAUUAAGGUUAUAAGAAUUGAGCACACCAUGGCCACGCCCCUGGAUGACGUCGGCAAACAGGUGUGGCGAGGGGCUUUCCUGUUGGCAGACUUCAUCCUCUCUGAGCCGCUCACGUUCCGGGGAGCCACAGUCCUCGAGCUGGGAGCGGGAACGGGAUUAACCAGCAUCGUCAUGGCAACCACCGCCAAAACAGUGUACUGCACAGACGUGGGAGAAGACCUUCUGAGCAUGUGCAAGAGGAAUGUGGCAUCAAACAUACACCUGCGGGAGCCGUCAGGCGGGCAGGUGAAGGUCAGACAUCUGGACUGGCUCCAGGACGACCUGUGUACAGACUCUGAGGUGGAGUUCAACUGGACGGAGGAGGAAGUAGCGGACAUGUACGACCACACCAGCUUCAUCAUCGCUGCCGACGUUUGCUACGAUGAUGAUCUGACUGACGGCCUCUUCCGGACGCUGUACCGACUGUGCAGUCAUUUUGCUCACAGCUGCACCGUUUUCAUCGCCAUAGAGAAACGGAUGAACUUUACUCUGCGACACCUGAACGUUUCCUGUGAAGCCUAUGACCAUUUCACCCAAUGUCUGUCCCAGCUUCAGGGCCUGAAGGACGGGCGGUGCAACUUCAGCGUGGAGCAGCUGCCUCCCAGUUUCGCCCAGUUUCUUCUCUAUGAACGCAUCGAGCAGCUGGAGCUGUGGAAGGUGACCGCUGCUCGGCCCGCAUCAGAUCCAGUCCCGCGGUCCUGACCCGGACUCUCGGAGCUCCAGUUCACAGCUGGAGGUCAGAUCAAUCAAUUAACAUAAGCUGCGGAGUAAUAUAAUGUGACAAAUAAAGUUCUUUUGGGAGUUUUUGAAA